ACGACCUCCCCCCUCGCCGGCGCUGACGGGGGGGGGGGGCGCUGCUCUUGCCGGUGACGAGCCGUGCCGGAAGUGACGGCCGGACGUCACAGAGAGCGUGACGGUCCAUAGUUGAACGUGCCGGCCGGCGGGGCUCGGUACCGAGCACUGGGCUCCGCUCCCGGACCUGGUGGCGAACCCGAGAGCGGCGCCGGCGCCGGCAGUGGCUGCCCGACACCCCGGCGGGACGCGCGCCCGGCGGACGGACGGGAGGGACAGCCGGCCGAGUCCGAGCAGCUGCGAGCAGACGGCCGGGCGCCGGUGUCCGGUGGAGGCGCUCGGGGCCGCUCCGGACCGCGUCGGUCACACUCGUGACGUGCUCGGUGACAGCGGCGCCCCCCACCUGCCGGCGGUGACGCGCGCGACCUUGUGACCUUUGGUGCGCCGGGCCGGGCCGGGCGGCGCCGCGCAGCCGGCACAGAGCAGUGGUCCGCCGCGCUCCGGGCCAGCACGAUGCGGAUCGAGAACCCGACGUUCGCGCUGACGCCGGAGCCGUCGGCGCCGUCGGUGACGGCUGGCGACCCGUCGCCGGACGUGACGCGCACCGAGCCGGCCGCCGUCGAGCAGCUGAGCUCUGCCGACAAGGCCGGCCUGGUGGACGGCGCCGCCGACAGCGACGUCGUCUACGUGCGCGGCUGGCGGCUGCGCAAACUGUGGCUCUGGCAGGCGCUGGCCGCCGCCUGCCUCGCCCUGUUCGUCAUCAUGGUGGUGGCCUACUCUGCUCGGGGCGGCAGCAGCGACACCCCAGUCAGCAGCGCAGUCAUCGGCGGAAACAGCAGCGGCGGCAUCACAACCACCACCACAACCACCACCACCACCACCCCCAGCACCACCACGACGGCGCCGCCCGGCCAGCUGCACGAGUGCUCCCAGCCCGACUGCGUGUUCCAGGCCGCCGACAUCGUCCGCCUGAUGAACUUCUCGGCCGACCCGUGCACCGACUUCUACAGCUACGCGUGCGGCAACUUUGAGCAGGUGGCGCCGCACCGGCGCUCCUCCCGGAGCGUGUACUCUGUGCCCGACUGGCUGACCACACAGAACAACGAGCGCGUCGUGGAGCUGCUCGAGGACAGACCGGACGCCUACAGCCCCGACUCGGCCCUGUGGAAGGUCAAGACGCUCUACUCCAGCUGCCUUGACGACUACGCCAACCUGCGCAACGCAGGAAAACGCAUGGUCAAACUCAUCGACGGUCUGGGAGGUCUGGACCUGUGGGGCACGUGGGACCCUCAGUUCUGGCUGUUCAACAACACAUUCAGAAAGGUACACGACGAACACUGGACAGACGCCAUGAUGAACUUCUUCUGGGUGCGCAACCCGCGCGACCCCAGCAAAAAUCUGCUCAGGAUAACAAAGUCGGGCCUCGGUGUACCGUACCUCCGCGCCUACAUGAACCCAGAUCUUCCCGUCUACGAGGAGCUGCUGUCCACGUACCAGGAGACGAUGCUGAACGUCAUGGGCAUGCUGGUGCGGGACUCGGGCGUCAACGUCACGGCGCUGAACCGCUCCUGCGGCGACCGCUGCCUGGACGACUUCGUCAGCGACGUGCUCGACUUCGAGACCAAGCUGGCAAACAUCUCGCUGGUCCCCAUAGUGCCGUACACGCUGCGCCGACGCUCAGUGUCACCCCGCUCGGCCGGCGGCCCGCUGCACCGCUGGUUCGGCCGCCGACGGCGCAGGCGACAGGCGUUCUUCCGGCGCCGUCUGAGGAUGGCACCGUCCACCCAGCGGCUCAGUCUGGCUGACCUCAGCCGCGUGGCGCCCCAGGUGGACUGGGUCGGUCUACUGGAGGACCUGAUGGGCGCCAACAUCGUCACAGCCUCCACCUGGGUGGAAAUACCGCGAGACGGCUACAUACAGAAACUCAACGAACUCAUACGCACCGAAAACAAAAGGACGGUGCACCACUACCUGGUAUGGACGGUAAUCCGACGACACCUGAUGGCCAUGAGUGCCGACUACGUCUACCAGAGGACGCAGAUGGACGUGGCGUUCCAGCGCGGCCGGCGGCCGCCCUCGCGGCCCGAGUUCUGCCGCUCGUCGCUCGACCAGCACAUGCCCGAGGCGGUCGGCAUGCUCUUCGUCAAGGACCACAUCGGCCUGGAGACGCUGCACCAGACGGCCAACUUCACCGGGCGCCUGGUGGCCGCCUUCAGCGACAGCCUGCGGCCCUGGAUGACCGAGGCCGUGCGACGCCGGGCCGACGGCAUCCUCGGCAACACCAGCUUCCACUACGGCUUCCCCAAGUGGAUCAUGGACGAGCGCGAGCUGGACAGCUACUUCGAGCCGCUCGGCAUCGCUGAGGGAGACUUCUUCAGGAACAUGAAGAACAUGGACCUGUUUAAGCGGAUUCAGCUGAGGAACAAGCUCAAGUACGGCAACAACAAGCAGCGCUGGACCAUCGAGGCCACGCACGCGCGGAUCCUGAGCUCGCUGUCUGGCGGCUUUCUGGCGGUGCCGGCCGGCAUGAUGCAGACGCCUAUCUUCUCGCCAAGCGUGCCCAGCUACAUCAACACGGCAGCGCUGGGCUCGUUGGUGGCCGAACACCUGGCAGCCUUCACCGUCACAAACAACGAUUCUACCACUAUGGACAGCGUCUGGUGGGAUGGCGCCACGUACCGCCGGUACGAGCCGUACCGCAGCUGUGUACUCGACCUGUACCGCAACCACACCGUGCGGCCCGCCAUCACCUACAUGAACGCCGGGGAGAUCCCUCUGCGUCCCGAGCGGCAGGCCUCUGUGCUCGUCAGUCGCCACUACGCGCUCUCGGUGGCGUUCGAGCACCACCGGCGACUGCUGGAGGAGAGCGGCGGGGCCGUCCGGCUGCCCGGACUGCGGCACGAGACCAGCGACCAGACCUUCUUCCUCGCCUUUGCGCAGGCGCGCUGCGUUGGUAAAAGGUCGGCAACCACCGACUACCUGCUGUACCGGCUGGCCGGCAUCGUCCCCGCCCAGAUCGAGGUGAACACGGCCGUCUACAACCAGGCCUCCUUCCGCUCGGCGUUCCAGUGCGGCGCGCUGCCGGGCACCUACGACCACCAGCAGUGCGCCAUCCCGUCCAUCGAGGAGGCCACCUUCCGACCGCCGGCGAGCGCGCUGCAGCCGCCGCACCCCGCCGCCGGCCGCCGCUAGGGGCCAGUGGCCGCCCCGCGAGACCGGGGAUAACCAACACAGGGGCCAGUAGCCCGCACCGAGGACCAGUGCCCCCCCCCCCCCCCGCCGGACUGGGGGCACAGCGGCGCCCAGUCAGUGACCAUGUGAUGAUCCGAUGUCCGUCCCAAACGGCUGUAUUUGUAAGGGGCCUGUGACGCUCAGCGCCUUUUCAGUAUGUGUCAGAGAUGCGCCGUCCGCGGGACCAGGCAGCUAUACUGUCAGCUUUUGAUAAAUGCGUAUUAGCUUAUCUGACGUAAGCACGAGGGACGUCAUGUUUACGUCAUGACGUAAUGUCUCACACCCCUUCCCACCGAUCACGGGCAUUUGUGCCAUCAUAGUGUGUCCCGCUCUGAGCGCACAGCAAUCUGAUUGCCAGUCGUUCGCGUGUGUAAAAAAACGGUUAGGGUAGAUUAUAUGAAUGACUUGAAGGGCAUAAUUGUUCGGCUCGGGCUGCUGCACCGAGGAAAAGUGUAUGAGGGAUUCAUAUUCGCCCGUCCGUUGGACAUGUUUUCUUGUAUAUUCGAAUGCUAAACAUAUACUAUACACCAGUCUG